UGGGCGCAGGACUGCCUGCAGCCGGGUGCUGAGCCAGCCACGCUCUUGCGGGAGGAGAAGCCCCCGGCCGCCGCCGCCGCCCGCUGCUGAGUCACGGCGCCCGGGGCUGCGCUCUCCUCCGCGAGCCCCCCGCCGCCCCGCGCUCACCAUGAUCGCCGCAGCUUUCCUGGUUUUGCUGAGACCGUACAGCAUCCAAUGCGCCCUCUUUUUGCUCCUGCUGCUGCUGGGCACCAUCGCCACGAUUUUGUUCUUCUGCUGCUGGCACCGCAGGCUCCAGAAGGGCAGGCAUCCGAUCAAAUCCGUCUUCUCGGGGCGCUCGAGGAGCCGAGAUGCUGUCAUGAGAACUCAUCACUUUCGUUCUGAGGGUUUUAGAUCAAGUCCUCGUCAUGCUAGAAGACGUGUAGCACCUCGCCUUGAAGAAACACAGCCUCUAGUGGAAGCUCAUCACCUAAGCGAGCAAGAAACUUCUGUCAGGAAAAGAAAAAUCAAGAAAAGCAGCCGAGUUCAGCCUGAAUUUUACCAUUCUGUUCAAGUCACACCAACUCGAAAACCUAGCUCGGGAAACGCUUCCUACCGCUGCUCCAUGUCUUCCUCUGCGGACUUCUCCGACGAGGAUGAUUUCAGCCAGAAAUCCGGCUCCGCGUCGCCGGCGCCGGGGGACACGCUGCCCUGGAACCUGCCCCGGCACGAGCGCUCCAAGCGCAAGAUCCAGGGCGGCUCCGUGCUGGACCCCGCCGAGAGAGCCGUGCUCAGGAUCGCCGAUGAACGGGACAAAGUACAAAAGAAAACUUUCACAAAGUGGAUAAAUCAGCACCUCAUGAAGGUUCGCAAGCAUGUGAAUGACCUAUAUGAAGACCUGAGGGAUGGACAUAACUUGAUCUCCCUUCUAGAAGUCCUUUCUGGAGAUACCCUACCCCGAGAGAAAGGUCGGAUGCGUUUUCACAGACUACAGAAUGUACAGAUUGCACUUGACUAUUUGAAAAAACGCCAGGUAAAACUGGUAAAUAUUCGAAAUGAUGACAUAACAGAUGGAAAUCCCAAGUUGACUUUGGGGUUAAUAUGGACCAUAAUUUUGCACUUUCAGAUAUCUGAUAUCCAUGUUACUGGAGAGUCAGAGGACAUGUCUGCUAAAGAAAGAUUACUCCUGUGGACACAGCAGACAACUGAGGGUUAUGCUGGAAUUCAUUGUGAAAAUUUCACUACCUGCUGGCGAGAUGGAAGAUUAUUUAAUGCCAUCAUUCAUAAAUACAGGCCGGACCUGAUAGACAUGAAUGCUGUUGCUGUUCAAAGCAACCUUGCAAAUUUAGAACAUGCUUUUUAUGUAGCAGAAAAACUUGGUGUUGCCAGACUUCUGGAUCCUGAAGAUGUUGAUGUCUCCUCACCUGAUGAGAAGUCAGUAAUAACUUAUGUGUCAUCACUUUAUGACGCAUUUCCCAAAGUACCAGAAGGCGGCGAAGGCAUCAGUGCAAAUGAUGUUGAAGUUAAGUGGGUUGAAUACCAGAAUAUGGUGAACUACCUCAUCCAGUGGAUCAGGCACCAUGUCACGAUAAUGUCUGACAGAACUUUUCCAAACAAUCCUGUAGAACUGAAGGCACUUUAUAAUCAAUACUUACAGUUUAAAGAAACAGAAAUUCCACCAAAGGAAAUAGAUAAAUCCAAAAUUAAACACCUGUAUAAACUGCUGGAGGUCUGGAUAGAAUUUGGACGCAUCAAACUCCCUCAAGGCUACCAUCCAAAUGAUAUAGAAAAAGAAUGGGGAAAACUAAUUAUUGGUAUGCUGGAAAGAGAGAAAACCCUUCGACCUGAAGUAGAGAGGUUGGAAAUGCUGCAGCAAAUUGCAAACAGAAUUCAACGGGACAGCCUGGGCUGUGAAGACAAACUGAUACUUGCUCGGAACGCUCUGCAGUCUGAUACCAAGCGAUUAGAAUCAGGGCUACAGUUCCAAAAUGAAGCAGAGAUAGCUGGGUACCUACUUGAAUGUGAGAAUCUUUUGCGCCAACAAGUGAUUGAUGCUCAAAUUCUUAUUGAUGGAAGAUAUUAUCAGGCAGAUCAGCUUGUUCAGAGGGUUGCAAAACUUCGUGAUGAUCUUAUGGCCUUAAGGACAGAAUGUUCCUCAAUAUACAGCAAGGGCCGUAUGCUGACAACAGAACAGACAAAGCUGAUGAUAUCCGGAAUAACACAAAGCUUAAACUCAGGAUUUGCACCAACCUUAACCCCUGAUUUGAACUCUGGAAUAACCCAGAGUUUAACAUCUACUUUGACUUCUUCCAAUCUGACAUCAGGCCUCUCCUCAGGUCUUACUUCACGAUUGACUCCAGCAAUAACUCCAGCUUACACGCCAGGCAUUCCACCAAGGUUAAUUCAAAGUUAUGUCCCGGGAGUAGACACGGGUGCCCUGCAAACACUCAAACUGAUGCAGAUCCGAAAGCCUCUCAUGAAAUCAGCUUUUGUUGGUCAAAAUUUAACAGAAGAAGAAAUCAACAUGAAAUUUGUCCAGGACCUUUUGAACUGGGUAGAUGAAAUGCAGGUGCAACUUGAUCGGGCAGAAUGGGGUUCAGAUUUGCCAAGCGUUGAAAGCCAUUUAGAAAAUCACAAAAAUGUUCACAGAGCUAUUGAAGAAUUUGAAUCUAGCCUUAAAGAAGCUAAAAUCAGUGAGAUCCAAAUGACUGCACCUCUUAAACUGAGUUAUGCCGAAAAAUUGCACAAACUGGAGAGCCAGUAUGCAAAACUCCUGAACACAUCAAGAAAUCAGGAAAGGCAUCUUGAUACUCUUCACAAUUUUGUGUCCCGUGCAACUAGAGAGCUUAUAUGGCUGAAUGAAAAGGAGGAGGAAGAGGUUGCUUAUGACUGGAGUGAUAGAAACUCCAAUAUAUCACGAAAAAAGGAGUACCACGCAGAGUUAAUGAGAGAACUUGAUCAAAAAGAAGAAGUAAUUAAAUCUGUUCAGGAAAUAGCAGAGCAGCUUCUCUUGGAAAAUCAUCCUGCAAGGCUAACUAUUGAGGCUUACAGAGCUGCAAUGCAGACACAGUGGAGCUGGAUUUUACAGCUCUGCCACUGUGUUGAACAACAUUUGCGAGAAAAUGCUGCAUGUUUUGAGUUUUUCAAUGAUGCAAAAGAGGCUAUGGAUUACUUAAAGAAUUUAAAAGAUGCCAUACACCGAAAGUACAGUUGUGAUCGGUCCAGUAAUCUGCACAGACUGGAAGAUCUUGUUCAGGAGUCCAUGGAAGAAAAAGAACAACUCUUGCAGUACAAGAGCACAGUAGCAGGCCUUGUGGGGAGAGCAAAGGCAAUCAUUCAACUGAAGCCAAGGAAUCCUGACUGUACACUCAAAACUUCCAUCCCAAUUAAAGCCAUCUGUGACUACAGACAAAUUGAGAUAACCAUUUACAAAGAUGAUGAAUGCAUAUUAGCAAGCAACUCCCAUCGUGCUAAAUGGAAAGUCAUUAGUCCAAGUGGUAAUGAGGCCAUGGUUCCAUCUGUGUGCUUUACAGUUCCUCCGCCCAACAAAGAAGCAAUAGAUACUGCAAACAGAAUUGAACAACAGUUCCAGAAUGUACUGACCCUUUGGCAUGAAUCGCAUAUAAAUAUGAAGAGUGUGGUUUCCUGGCACUACUUAACAAAUGUAAUUGAAACUAUUCGAGCUGGCAAUGUUGCCUCGAUAAAGACAAUGUUGCCAGGUGAACACCAGCAGGUUCUAAGCAAUCUACAGUCCCGCUUCGAUGACUUUGUGGAAGAUAGCCAGGAGUCCAAAAUUUUCACGAGCUCAGAUGCAACACAACUGGAAAGGGAGGUUAAUGUUUGCAAGCAGUAUUAUCAGGAGCUGCUUAAAUCAGCAGAAAGAGAGGAGCAGGAGGAAUCCAUUUACAAUCUGUACAUCUCGGAAGUCAGAAAUAUCAGGUUGCGCUUGGAGAACUGUGAGGAACGGUUGAUCAGACAGAUUCGAACUCCACUGGAGAGGGAUGAUCUACAUGAAAGUGUAUUUAGGAUUUCAGAGCAAGAGAAGCUAAAGAAAGAGCUUGAUCGACUCAAGGAAGAUUUGGGCGUGAUCACAGAUAAAUGUGAAGCGUUUUUUGGUCAAGCUGCUGGUUCACCUUCAGUUCCCACUUUGCGCUCUGAGCUCAAUCUCAUCAUUCAGAAUAUGAACCAAGUUUACUCUAUGUCUUCCAUUUACAUAGAUAAGUUAAAAACUGUAAAUUUGGUGCUGAAAAACACGCAAGGAGCAGAAGCAUUAGUAAAACUUUAUGAAACGAAACUUUGUGAGGAAGAAGCAGUAACCGCUGACAAGAAUAAUAUUGAGAAUCUUAUGGGUACCUUAAAGCAAUGGAGAUCUGAAGUAGAUGAGAAAAGAGAGGUAUUCCAUGCUUUGGAAGAUGAACUACAGAAAGCUAAGGCAAUCAGCGAUCAGAUGUUUAAAACGCACAAGGAACGUGAUCUGGAUUUUGACUGGCAUAAAGAGAAGGUUGAUCAGCUAGCUGAGAGAUGGCAGAAUAUUCAUUGUCAGAUUGAAAACCGGCUGCGUGAUCUAGAGGGUAUCAAUAAAUCUCUAAAAUACUACAAAGAUACUUAUCUUGCACUGGAUAGCUGGAUCCAGCAAGUCGAAGAUACUCAGCGAAAGUUUCAGGAAAUCCAGCCUGAAAACAGCAAAGCUCUGGCUAAACAGCUGAAUCAACAAAAGAUGUUGGUUUCUGAAAUUGAAAUGAAACAAAGCAAAAUAGAUGAAUGCCAGAAAUAUUCAGAGCAGUACUCAGCUGCAGUAAAGGAUUAUGAGCUGCAGACCAUGACCUACAGGGCUAUGGUUGACUCGCAACAAAAAUCUCCAGUGAAACGCCGGAGAAUGCAGAGCUCAUCUGACUUCAUUAUACAAGAGUUCAUGGAUUUACGAACACGCUAUACUGCCUUGGUGACCCUGAUGACCCAGUAUAUAAAAUUUGCAGGUGACUCUUUGAAAAGGCUAGAAGAAGAGGAGAAGUCAAUGGAAGACGAAAAGAAAGAACAUGUUGAAAAGGCUGGGGAUUUACUGAAAUGGGUGUCAAACCUAAGCAAGACGCUCAGCAAAGAAGAAGGAGAAAAGGCUGAAAAGGCAGACUUGCCUAAGCAGCAGAUUUCCAUGGAUGAAAUAACAGCCAAGAAAGAACAAAUAGCUGAGGCUUUGCAGACUACACAGUCAUUUUUGGCAAAACACAGUGACAAAAUGACAGGUGAAGAGAAAAAUGAAAUAGAAAAACAAGUGAAAUCCUUGCAGGAAGGCUACAACUUACUGUCUAAUGAAGCUUUGAAACAACUGCAGGAGGUCCAAUAUUUGAGUGAUGAAAAGAUGGAGGAAAAGGUGGAUAACGUCAUUGCUGGUAUCAUUGAUCAAACUACUGGAGAAGUCCUUUCAGUAUUUCAGUCUGUUCUGAAAGGUUUAAUAGACUAUGAUACUGGAAUUAGGUUGCUUGAGAAUCAACUGAUUCUAUCUGGCCUAAUUUCGCCAGAAUUAGGUCUGUGUUUUGAUCUUGAAGAAGCUAAAGCACAUGAACUUAUUGAUGAACAGACUCUACAGCAACUGCAGGAAUUAAGUAAUGCUAAAAAAAUUAUUUCAGAGUUAUCAUUCAUAAAUAUUCCAGUUAUAUAUGCUUUAGAUCAAGGUAUAAUUUCAGAGUCUUUGGCUAUUAAAAUUCUUGAGAAUCAGCUUUCUACUGGGUAUCUGAUUGUGCCAGGUAGUGGAGACCAUUUAACACUGCACAAAGCUUUUGAGAAGAAUCUGAUUUCUCCAGCACUGUUUUCAAAGCUUUUGGAAAGACAAGAUACCUACAAAGAUCUCAUAGACCCCAACACUGCAGAAAAGAUUUCUCUUGAGGAGAUGAUUCAGAGAAGCAUAAUUCAUGAAGAAACAGGGUUACGACUUCUACCUGUGAAAUCACUAGAAAAAGGUAGAAUCACACUAAAAUGUAGGAGGAAGAUUACUAUUUUGAGGGCAGCCCAUGAAGGACUCAUUGACCGUGAAACUAUGUUCAGGUUGCUGGGGGCACAGCUGCUCUCUGGAGGUAUAAUUGAACCUGCCUCAGGGCAAAGAAUGACAGUGGAAGAAGCCAUGAAAGAAGGAGUGAUAGAUCAGGAUACUGCUUCUGGGAUUCUGACCUACCAGGUUCAAACUGGAGGAAUCUUCUGCUCAAAUUCAGCCAAACGCUUAACUGUAGAUGAAGCUAUACAGUGCAACCUAAUAUCAUCUACCAGUGCACUGUUGAUACUGGAAGCAAAGCGAGGCUUUGUUGGCCUCAUCUGGCCUCAUACUGGUGAAAUAUUCCCAGUAUCCACAUGUUUACAUCAAGGAAUGAUAACAAAUGAGCUGGCCUGCAAAAUAUUAAAUGGCAGGCAGAAAAUAGCUGCUCUCUAUGUUCCAGAAACUUGUGAAGUACUCAGUCUGGAUAAUGCUGCACAAUUAGGGCUAAUAGAUGGUAGUACUGUGAAUGUUUUGAACCAUGUGAUCUUACCUGAUAAAAUGCCUAACCUGGAAGAUUUAGAGUCUUCUUCUAAAAAUGUUGCGAGAUGGUUAUCAUCUUAUGAAUUUCAGCCAUCUGUAUUUCAUGAUCGUGAGCAAGAACAAGAAGAGUCUGGUACCGAAGAGCCUAUACUUCAUAGUUCAGAGCAUGCCAAAAAGUUAUUCGUGUCAUAUCUGAUGAUAAAUAGUUAUAUGGAUGCAAACACUGGGCAGAGACUCCUGUUGUAUGAUGGAGAACUAGAUGAAGCUGUCAGCAUGCUGGUGGAAGGUGGUGAUUAUGCAUACAGUACUGAUGUGGCAGAAGGAGGAUUCACUAGCACAUGCAUAAAUUCAAAAGGAAUAGAUCUGAAGCAAUCUAGAAAUGUUAUGUUCAGUAAUGUCACAAGGAAUGUCUUGAUUGUGCAUAAUGAUGCACAGAACACUUUCAGUGACAGUAACAUAAAGCAAUCUGAAGAAAAUAUUCAGAAUGAUAAAUGUUCCCAGGAAAAAGAUUUCUGCAAUAGAGCAGAUUAUUUUAAUGCUAACGGUUUUGAACAGUCUGAACAUACAGAUAACAUGUUUUUAGAUGAACCUGGAGAAAAACCUGGAAGUAUAGUAAGUAGCACUCAAAACUCUGAAAAGGAAAAUGCAAUCAAAAGUUUUCAGGAGUAUCCUGAACAGAAACAAAUGGAACUGUGUAAGCCUGUACAUCAGCUAGCAAACUCUGGAAAUAUUGAAGGGCAUCCCCUAAGUGACUUACAAACCAAUCUUAUUUCAACAGGAGAUAAAAACAAAAUUAGCAUAUCAGAUGAAAGAGAGGGUAGGGAAAAAGAGACUUGUAAAACGUUAGGAAAUGUAUUGGGUGUGAACGAUUUGACGAGUUAUAGUGAAGUCAGUACAGUAGAAGAAAGCAGUGAUAUUACUUAUGGUCAGGAGAACAAUUCAACAUGUAGGCCUUACCUUUUGCAGCCUGCUGAUGCAAGUAUGUUAAUUGGUAAAGAUAAGAGAAAAGAUGAUGUUCACAGCAGUCCCAAUUUAUUUGGAAAUGCUGACAUUGGAAAGAGACUUUCUGGAGAACUUCAUGGUAAAGAAUUAGUGAAUCAAUUUGUUUGUUAUGAUUAUGAGCAUGGCACAUCGCAGUCUGGAGAUAAUGAAUAUGGUGAGCUACUGGUAGACAGCUAUACUGACACACUUGGCAAGCCGUUCCUAGAAAACUAUAGUGAAGAGCAUUGUGGACCAUCACUAGAAAACUGUACUGAUCCACAUAGCAGGUCAACCCUGGAGGUUCAUACCAAUUCAUAUCAUGGAUUACCCUUAGUGGAUCAUACUGAUGGCCUCUGGAAGCUACCUUUGGAAGAAAAUAGAGAUGCUCAUUGCAGGACUCUGUUGGAAGACAAUAUUGAUAUACAUGGUGGUCAGCCUCUGGGAGGCAGUACCGACAUGGUUGGUACGCAACUGGUAGAGGACAACAGUGUUACAUACAGCAACAUAAUUCUCGGAGAUAGUGUGUGUAAACCUUGUGCUCUACCAGUGGGAGGGAAUGAAGGCAUCCUUCAGUCUGAAAUUGAGCACUUGCAGCAUGAGUAUGACAGCAAAACCUGCAGCUCUCCUCAGUUUGCUGAUGCUUAUGACAUGCCUCAGACUGAUGAUGAUGAUGAUGAUGCCUAUGACACUUCUCAGGCUGAUGAUGACGACGACGAUGAUGCCUAUGACACUCCUCGGGUUGAUGAUGAUGAGGAUGAUGCCUAUGACACUCCUCAGGUUUCAGACGAUGAUUCAUCUGACACUUCUGAAGAUGAGGAUGAGUAUGAUACCUCACAGCUUGAGGAUGAUGAUACCCCAGAGCCUGAGGACAUUCCUUUAGGUGUCCAGGAAGAAUUAGAUGAUCUAAUAUGCAUGAGAGAAGAAAAAAAUUCUUUGCAAGUAGAAGUAGCCGAUAUUGGAGGAAGCAUACAGUGCUCAGAUGAAGUAAAUCAUUCAGAUACACUUGAAAGUAUAAAUCUGGGCUCAGAAGGUGCCAGAAUGUUGGAGACAAUCCCUGAAGAAGAAAUAGAAAGUACAUGGACCUUGGAAAAGAAAGGGCAGAAACCAGAAAUUACUUCAGAAAAUGAAGAAAGCAUGGAGAGCAGUCUUAGUUCCUUACUAAAGCUGUAUGAAGAUAAAGUCGAAGGAGAUAGAAGUGAGGAAUAUGAAAUGAAAACAGAGAGUGACUCUAUUGAGGAUAAGUAUGAACAAAUACAAGAGGAAGAGAAAGAUUAUGAUUAUAUGGAUUAUGAUUAUGAUAGCUAUGACACUGACACUGGUGAUGAUGAAGUAAUGGCUAUUUAUUACUCACAGCAUCUUGAUAAAAACACUGGUGACCAGUUCCUUGCCCCUUCAAAAGAAACUGAAGAUAGGAAAAAAUGCAAUCAAAAUAUUGAUACCCUGGAUCAUUAUCAUCCUUUAAAACCCAUGGCAGAUGAUACUAUUUUGCAGUUAGAAUCCAAUAUUGAAAAUAGUUCUGGUGAGGACAGUUUUGAUUUUACAGAUAAAAACAAAGGAGACAUACAGCAAGAAAUUGAAAGUCCUUACAAGGAUUUUGUAGAAAGUAAACAAAUAUUAGAAGAUGUUGCUGCAAGCCUUCAAUCUGGAAAUAGCCCGGGCACUGAAUGGGUGUCAUCUAGUAGUGAAGAAAGUAAUACCACACUGCAUAAAACUCAUGUGUCUGGGCUUGGUCUGAAUGAAGCAACUCUAAUAAACUCUGUGCCUAUUUGUGCAUCACAGUCUACUUGUAGUAAGCUAAUUACUAAUGAUAAUAAAAAUAUUCAAAUAGAAGAUCUGCUACCUGACCACAGCAUAAGUAAAAAUAACAAUAUCAUAUCAAAAUCAUAUUCAAAUCAUGGCCAAAGACAGAAGCCAGAUGAGGAUAGCAUUCUUGCUGAAGAGCAAAUAAUAAAUAAGGUGACCUGCAUAGAACAUUUUAGGGUAGAUUCUUCCCAAAUGGAUGAUAAAACCCUUAGGCCUGUGUCUUAUAUAAACAAUAGUGAUAGUCCAUAUUCAGUUACUGACCCAAUACAAACAAUCACAAAUAAGAAACCUGGUCAAAGGGAAAAAGGUUUUGAAAUGUCUAAACAAAAUGCAAAUAUAGUUAAUAUUCUAAAAGACAGCCAUUUUGCAGAAUUAAGUAAAAGUCCCAUUCAUAUGGAAAACCUCGGAGAAAUAUUUGAUGCAUCUGUUAUUAAAGCAGGCACUGAAUGUGCUGUUAUGAAUGAAGACAAAGUAAGUAUUGGUCAAGACUCAGUUGAUGCUAGGUCAGGACAUUACAAUGUGUUAGAUACUGCGGAACCAGAAACUGAGGAAGAGUUUGAUCUUUCCUCUUAUUUGAAACAAUGUGCAAAAAGUAUAACAAUAAAAAACAUGUCAGAACUGGAUGGGACUGACUCUUGUUACUUUGAGCAAGGUUUCACUGGGGAAAAUGCUGUUCAGAAUGCAAAACACUUAGUGAAAGCUGACAGUAUAACUGAUAGUGGGGGAACUGAUCCAAACAAAUUAAACUCAGAAACUGAGACUCCUCUCCUGACAGUUACGGUAAAAUCAAAGGAAGUUAAAGUUAUCAAAGAAAAAGGAACUGUUACUUAUCAAAAAGCUGACAAUGCUCUUAAAGAUACUUCCAAUAAUAACAUUCUAUGUGGCCAUGAAUUUGCCUUGAAGAAAGUUAACAUGUUAGGAGGUACUGAGAAUACCCAAGAACCAGGGGACAGUAAAACCACGUGUCCUGAGAAACACAUACAUACAACAAAUUUUUCAGCUGGAUGUUUGGGUAAUAUAAGUGAUAGCUUUGGCAAUAGUGCACGGGAGGAAUAUGAAACAUUGGUUUGUCAUAGCAGUGGACAAGUCAUUAAGGGAGAGAAUGUCUUAACCAAUGAAACGAUGUUCUUUGAAAAUGGUAUCAGGAAAGAAAUGACAGUUGAAUCACUGCAGAGAGAAAUGGUUUUCUUGGAAGACCCCCAAGCAGAGGAAGAUAUUUCACUUUCCCCUGAAGUAUCUGACUUAUUAAUUGAAGAUUUAAAAAAUAUUUUAAAAAUCAAGUUGAAAGUCGGCAAGCAAGAAGGCGAACCUUUAAACUACUCUGACACAAAAAAUUUAAUGCAAAAUGUGCUUAAAAUGAUUGGUGACACACACCUGGGGAAUGAGACUUCCAGUGAGUCAAAUAUCAAGCCAGAAAAUGAUGAAAUUAGAUCUUCAUUGGCAGCUGGUCCACCAUGCAUACCAUCAGAGGAUUAUGACAGUAUUCCAUUAUUUUGGCAUGACAACAGAAGCCCUGACCUGCUUCGUGAUAUACUAAAGCCAGACUCCUACAAGCAGAAGAUGGAUAGUCCAUCUGAAACAAUGAAUGAACAGUCCCAGAAUGAAAGAGACCAAGAAAUAAAAGGUACUGUUCCUAAACUUAUUACUUCUCAACUUGAACAAAUUUUCCAAAUCCCACCCAGAGAUGAAUGUUCAUAUAGGUUAGAGAAGCUUAUGAGAGAUUUGACAAAGGAGUUGUUUACCAGCUCCCAGGCUGCUGAUGCCUCCAAAGGUGAUAAGUGUGAAGGCAAAGCAAAGGAGCUUUGUCCUUUUUUCUCAACAGAACUGUCAAAUUUUGGAUUGGAAACUCUAACAGGGAGCCCACUGGAACACAACACAGCUGUUGCUCUGAAAAAUGACCAGCAGGCUGAGAAGUCAAGCAGCCCUCCCAAAAGCUUUCCUGAGGAUGUUCUUAAAAUUAAAGAAGCUGAUCCACGAGAUGACCACACUGACAAGUUGAUCAGUGGAGUACAGCUUUGUUUAAAGUACACUAAGAAACUGCAACAACAUUUGACAGUGGUUCAGGAUAUGAAAUUCCACUUAGAUAAUCAGCAGCCGAUUAGUAACAACUUGGAAAUGCUAAAAUCCCAACUUGAACAAUUAGAGUCAUUUGAAUCAGGACUGGCCAGUUUUGCUGCUGUUCUAAAAAAAGAUCUGAAGUCUACGGAGGAGUUUUUAAAGUCUUAUCACAAAGAUAUUCCUAAAGAGCAACUUAAGGAGCUAAAAAUAAGCUAUGAAUAUGUGCAGAAGGCUUUUUAUGUGGUCUGUGAUAUAUCUUCAAAUCUUGCAAAACAAAUAGUCCUUGCUGUUGACACUGAAAUGUCUAAGCUUGCAGAACUGCAUUGGGAACAUCUAAGCAGACUUCAGAAGUUCUCAGACUGGAUCAAAGAAAAUAGUAAAAUUGUGAAUGAUUUGAUGGUAAAUACAAGUGAUAUAGAGGAUGUAAAGCAAAACUUACAACUACUUAAGAAUACUGCAAAAGAGGUUGCCUAUACAAAAAUGCAACUGGAGUCCACUGCGUUUGAUGUUCAGUUCUUCAUUUCUGAGCAUGCCCAAGAUCUUUCCCCUAAUCAGAGCAAACAACUGCUGAGGCUUUUAAAUAUUACCCAGAAAUCUUUUCAGGAAGUACAGGAAGCAAUUAUAUCUCAAGUGGAGAGUUUAGAGAGUCUUUUACAAGCAGCACAAGAUGUUGGUGAUCAGAAGGAUGUAGCUGAACAGCAGCAGGAAUGCAAAGAGAAAUUGCAGGAAAUAUGUGAUCUUCUGACACAAACAGAAAAUCGGCUCAUUGGUCACCAAGAAACUCUUGUUAUUAGAGACAGCAAGGCUGAGUUAGAGCAAUACCAAACUAAACAAGAGGAGAUACAGAACGACAUGCAGGCAAGUGCACAGGCACUGGCAGAGAUUGUGAAAAACACUGAGAUGUUCCUGAAAGAAAAUGGAGAAAAGCUGUCACAAGAAGACAAGACUGCUCUUGAACAGAAACUUAAUGAAGCUAAGACAAAGUGUUUGCUGCUUAGUCAGAAGGCAGAAGAAUCCAAGAAACAGCUGGAUAAAGCUAUGACAACAGCAAUUAAGCAGGAAACAGAAAAGGUUGCAGCCAUAGAACAACUGAAAGAGAGUAAAAAUACAAUAGAAAAUCUCUUGGAUUGGCUAUCAAAUGUGGAUAAGGAAGCAGAGCAUGGCAGGAGACAUAAGCAGGCAAUAGAACAGAAUGGAAUACAUUAUAAAGAAGGGGCUGAGAAGGCUUUGGAAGGAGAAGAGGAUGAUGUCAAUGGUAACUUGUUGGAACUUCAACCAAGUGAAGUGCAAGUGGAUGGCCUAGUAAAAACCACAGAAGAGAAUCUCAACCAGCAGUAUGAGAAAGUCAAGGCUCAACAUGAGAAAAUUAUUUCACAGCAGCAGGCUGUCAUAAUAGCAACUCAGUCUGCGCAAGCUCUGCUUGAGAAACAAGGCCACUACCUUUCUCCUGAAGAAAAAGAGAAGAUGCAAAGGAAUAUGAAGGAAUUGAAGGCACAGUAUGAAACCGUUUUAGCUGAGUCAGAACAGAAAGUGAAGUUAACACAUUCUCUGCAGGAAGAACUUGAGAAAUUUGAUACAGAUUAUAAUGAAUUUGAAAGCUGGCUACGGGUGUCAGAACAAGAACUGGAAAACUUGGAGGCUGGUGCUUCUGACUUCAGUGGUAUCAUGGCCAAACUAAAAAGGCAAAAGAGUUUUUCAGAAGAUGUUAUUUCUCACAAAGGUGACUUGCGGUACAUUACAAUUUCUGGACAGAGAGUUUUGGAUGCUGCUAGGUCUUGUAGCAAAAGAGAAGGUGUUAAGGUUGACAAAGAUGGUCUUGAUACUUCGGUUACUUACACGGAGGUACAGAAUAAACUGGAUAGUGCUUCAGAUCGCUUCAAAUCUCUCUACACUAAGUGCAAUAUCCUUGGAAAUAACCUUAAAGACCUUGUAGACAAGUACCAGCAUUAUGAAAAUGCAUCAUCAGGUCUUCUGUCAAGUCUUCAAGCUUCUCAAAUAGCUUUGAGCAAACAGCUUUGUGAAACAAUUGCAGUGGAUCCUAAAAACCUCCAAAGGCAACUAGAAGAAACCAAGGUUCUUCAGGGACAGGUGUCUAAUCACCAGGUUGCUGUAGAGAAACUCAAAAAAGCUGCAGAAGUGCUUUUGGAUACUCGAGGAACUUUACUUCCAGACAAAGAUGAAAUCCAGAAAACUUUGGAUGACAUUGUGGGCAUAUAUGACAAUUUAUCAAAGUCUGUGAAUGAACGGAACGAGAAGCUCCAGAUAACUUUGACACGGUCACUUAGUGUGCAAGAUGGUUUGGAUGAAAUGCUUGAUUGGAUGGAAGGUGUUGAAAAGAGUCUUGAAGAACAAGGGCAAGUGCCUUUGAAUUCUUCGGCUCUUCAGGAUGUCAUUAGCAAAAGUAUUAUGCUGGACCAAGAUAUUGCAGGACGUCACAGCAGCAUAAAUGCCAUGAAUGAGAAAGUGAAGAAAUUUAUGGAAACAGCAGAUUCAUCCACUGCAUCCUCUCUACAAGCUAAAAUGAAUGAGCUUUCUGUACGGUUUUCGGAAGCAAGUAGCAAACACAAAGGAAAACUUGCAAAGAUGGAGGAGUUGAAGACCAAAGUGGAGUUGUUUGAAAAUCUGUCAGAAAAACUGCAGUCAUUUUUAGAUGAGAAAAUUCAGACUCUCAAUGAGACUGAUGCUCCAAGAAAAGAUGUUACUGAAGUCUCUCAGUAUAUGCAGGAAACUAGUAUAGAGAUAGCACAUCACAAGCAAGUUCUUGAAGUUCUACAACAACUCCUUGAAGAACUUUCUGUUCAUGGUCUCCCUGGGGACAAAGCAUUGGUAUCAGAAAAAGUUAAUUCCUUGUCAAAGAAAUUCAAGGAAGUUGAGGAGACUGUGAAGGAAAAAGAAGAGGAUUUGUCAUCUUGUCAGAAACAAAUGGAUACCUUUGAGCUCCUUGUAGAAUCUUUAAAGAAAUGGAUAGAAGACACAACAGAAAGGAUCCCAGCUGCGCAACCCUCUUUGAGUACAGAGGAGUUAAAGAAACCUUUGGAAGAUACUAUGAAAUUAAAAGAUGAAUGGAUUUCCAAAGCCCCAGAAAUUCAGAAAAUGAACAGCCAAGGAACAUUGUUGUGCAACUUAAUCAGUGCUGUGACUUCCCCUGCAAAAUCACGAGCAACUGCAAAAUCAGGUGGAACAAUAUUAAAUGGUGAAGGAGAAGCUGCAGGUACUCAGGAUUUCCUGACCAAUAAAGAAUUAACAACUGUUCAACAAGCUAUGUUGGAUGCAAAUCACAGUUAUGAAGACUUGGGAGUCUUAUUGAAAGAAAAAGUUUCAGAACUGGAGAGCAUGCUUUCAAAGAUGCAAAGUAUUCAAGAGGAAUCAAACUCAGUGAUGCAGUGGUUACAAAAAAUGGAUAAGACUGCAGCAGGCUGGGAAGCAGCUCCCACUGAUAGCGAAGCUGUUAAAACACAAGUAGAGCAGCAUAAGCAAUUUGAAACAGAAUUGAAGCAAAGUGAGAAUAAAGUACAGGAGCUGAAGGACAAAGUGACAGAGAUGUUGGAAAAGAACCCGAACUCCCCUGAAGCAUCCAGAUGGAAACAGAUGUUGGAUAAAAUAGAUUCCAAAUGGAAAGAACUCAAUCAAGUUACAGCUGAGAGACAACAGAAGUUGGAAGAGUCUUCAAAUUACCUGACCCAGUUCCAAACAGCAGAAGAACAGUUAAAGCACUGGCUUAUAGAGAAGGAACUAAUGGUCAGUGUGCUUGGACCACUUUCAAUUGACCCAAAUAUGCUGAACACACAAAAGCAGCAGGUCCAGAUUCUCCUAAAAGAGUUUGAUACCAGAAAGACUCAAUAUGAACUGUUAACUACAGCUGGUCAGGGGAUACUGAAGAGACCAGGAGAACACCCUCCUUCUCAUGAAAUUUUGGAAAAGCAGCUGGCAGCUGUGGCACAAAAAUGGGACAGCUUAACAGGACAGCUGAGUAGCAGAUGUGGCCGAAUUGACCAAGCUAUUGUCAAAAGCACAGAAUAUCAAAAUCUUCUGAGAAGCUUGUCUGAUAAGCUAAGUGUCUUGGACAAUAAGCUAAGCAGCAGCCUGGCUGUGAGUACACAACCUGAUGCUGUGAAACAACAGUUGGAAAUAGCUAGAGAAAUGAAGCAGGAAAUAGAACAGGAAAUGAAAAGUAUAAGAGUGGCUCAAGUUCUGUGUGAGGAACUGUCAGCAUUGGUUGGAGAAGAAUACUUGAAAGCUGAACUUACUAGGCAAUUGGAAGGUAUCUUAAGACCAUUUAAGGAUAUUGAGCAAAAAGCAGAAAACCAUGUUCAGCAGCUUCAGUCAGCGUAUGCCACUUCUCAUCAGUUCCAGCAAAUGUCCAAGGACUUUCAGGCCUGGAUGGACAAAAAGAAAGAGGAACAGAACCAGGCCCCCCCUGUGUCAGCUAAGCUUGAUACCCUGCAGUCUUUACUUGAAGAACAGAAAGACUUUAAGAAGACCCUAUCCGAUCAGAUUAAUUAUUAUGAAAAAAUUGUUACAGAAGGUGAAAGUUUGCUACAAAAGACUCAAGGAGCUGAGAAGGCAGAGUUGCAGUCUCACCUUGCCAUGCUCAAAAGUAACUGGGAAGAAAUGAAUAAGCAAUCAAAAGGAAGGGAAGAUAACUUAACAGACUGUCUAGAGAAGGCCCUCAAAUACAAAGAACAUAUAGAAACACUGCAGCCCUGGAUAGAGGAGUGCCAGAACAACUUAUCUGGAGUAAAAGUGAUUAUAGAUCCUGUUGAAAUAGAGAACUCUAUUGCUCAGGUGAAGGCCUGGCAGAAGGACUUGGACAAACACCAUGGGAUGGUGGAAUUAUUAAAUAAUGCAGCUGAUAGUUUGCUCAAUGCCAGCCAAACAGAUAAAGAAAGCAUUAGAGAGGAGAAUGCUGCACUGAAUCAAAAAGUGGAUUCAGUCACAAAACAGCUACAUAACAAGAGAGAAUCCUUGGAAAAUAUGGCACAAAGACUAAAAGAAUUUCAAGAAUCAUCCAAGGAAACCCAAAGACAACUUAAAAAUGCCAAAGAGCAGCUGGAAGCUCAUGAUGCUCUUCGACCCCAAGCUUUCAGUAACAAACACUUGACAGUGUUGCAGACCCAGCAGAAAGCACUUCAGGCUUUAAAGCCUCAUGUGGACUUGGCAAAAAAACUUGCCCAAGAACUGGUGAUAGAUGCUUGUGAUUCAGCAGGUGUUUCUGACCUCUUGUUGCAAGCUGAAAUUUUAGAAAAAGAAUAUAGUACGGUUAGCCAGCAGGUUGAAGACAAGUGUUCAUUCCUAGAGACCAAACUUCAGGGAAUUGGGCAUUUCCAAAACAGCAUCCGAGAGAUGUUUUCCCAGUUUGCAGAGUUUGAUGAUGAGCUCGAUAGUAUGGCCCCAGUAGGAAGAGAACUAGAUAUACUGCAGUCACAGAGAGAGGAUAUUAAAAAUUUCCUGAAAAAGCUGGAAGACCUUAUUACAAGUAAUGAAAAUGCCAAUAAAACCUGUAAAAUGAUGUUAGCCACAGAAGCUGAAGCAUCUCCUGAUCUUCUUGGUAUAAAAAAGGAUUUGGAGGCCUUAAGUAAACAAUGCAAUAAGUUGCUAGACAGAGCAAAAACCAGAGAGGAACAGGUGGAGGGGACUAUUAGCCGUGUUGAAGCAUUUUACAGUAAGUUAGAAGAAUUUUCAAGUCUACUUGGGACUGCUGAGGAACAUGAAGAAUCUCAAGGUCCUGUUGGUAUGGAAACAGAUGCUAUUAAUCAACAACUGAAUAUAUUCAAGGUAUUUCAGAAAGAGGAAAUUGAUCCGCUGCAGGUUAAACAACAGGAAGUAAACUGGUUAGGUCAAGGCCUUAUUCAAAGUGCUGCUAAAAAUGCUAGCACCAAGAACCUGGAGCAUGACCUUGAAGAUGUUAACACUCGGUGGAAGACUCUAAAUAAAAAGGUUGUUCAGCGUGCUGCUCAGCUGCAAGAAGCCCUCCUUCAUUGUGGGAGAUUCCAGGAUGCCCUUGAAUCUCUGCUUAGCUGGCUCAUUGAUACAGAAGAUCUUGUGGCCAAUCAGAAGCCCCCAUCUGCUGAAUUCAAAGUUGUGAAGGCCCAAAUACAAGAACAGAAACUUCUCCAGAGAUUGCUGGAUGACCGCAAACCUACUGUUGAGGUAAUCAAGCGUGAAGGGGAGAAAAUUGCAGAGUCAGCAGAACCUGCUGAUAAAGUGAAAAUCUUGAAACAGUUGAGUCUCCUGGAUAGUAGAUGGGAUGCAUUGCUCAGUAAAGCUGAAACAAGGAAUCGUCAGUUGGAAGGUAUCUCAGUGGUAGCACAGAAGUUCCAUGAAACUUUAGAACCACUGGUUGAGUGGCUGACCACCACUGAGAAAAGGCUUGCAAAUGCUGAACCCAUUGGAACACAGGCUUUGAAAUUACAACAACAGAUUUCUCAGCAUAAAGCCCUAGAAGAUGACAUCCUCACUCACAGUAAAAGUUUACAUCAAGCCGUUAGUAUUGGCCAGUCUUUAAAGACUCUGAGCUCCAGGGAGGAUAAAGAUAUGGUUCAGGAAAAGCUAGAUUCUUCCCAAGCCUGGUAUAUUGAGAUGCAAGAGAAGAGCAGCAACAGAGCCGAGCUGCUCCAACAAGCCUAUUGCAAUGCUCAGAUUUUUGGGGAGGAUGAAGUUGAAUUGAUGAACUGGUUGAAUGAAGUCCAUGACAAACUGAGUAAACUAUCAAUCCAAGAUUACAACACAGACUUACUUGUGAAACAACACACUGAGCUGCUGGUUCUUCAGGAGGAGAUUCUGCUCAGAAAAGAAAAUGUUGAUCAGGCCAUACAAAAUGGAUUAGAACUUCUCAAGCAAACAACAGGUGAUGAAGUAGUAAUUAUUCAAGAUAAACUGGAAGGCAUUAAAGCCAGGUACAAGGAUCUUAAUGAAUUGAGUUUGGAUGUGUCGAAGACUUUAGAACAGGCUCUUCAGCUUGCUGGCCAGCUGCAUUCAACUCAUGAGGAGCUCUGUGCAUGGCUUGACAAAGUAGAAGUGGAAUUGCUUUCAUAUGAAGCUCAAAUCCCUACUGGUGAAGAAUUAAGCCAAGCACAAGGAAGACAAAAGGAAUUGAAAAAAGAAGCAAAGAGCAACAAAGGCUUAUUGGACACCCUCAAUGAAGUUAGCAGUGCCUUGCUGGAACUGGUGCCAUGGAGAGCGAGAGAGGGACUAGACAAAAUGAUAACUGAGGACAAUAAACGGUACAGAUUGGUGAACGACACUAUAGCUCAGAAAGUGGAGGAGAUUGAUGCUGCUGUACUUAGAUCUCAGCAGUUUGAUCAAGCAGCUGAUGCUGAAUUAGCCUGGAUUGAAGAAACAGAAAAGAAACUGAUGUCUCUGGGUGAUAUUAGGCUUGAGCAAGACCAGACUGCUGCUCAGCUCCAAGUUCAAAAGGCUUUCACCAUGGAGAUUUUGAGGCAUAAAGAUAUUAUUGAUGAACUUGUUGAGUCUGGGGAUGAGAUUAUGAAUACGUGCACUGAAGAGGAGAAACAGACAAUGAAGAAGAAACUGGAAAGUCUCUUACAGAAAUAUGAUACAGUCUAUCAAAUGAACUCCGAGAGGAACCUCCAGCUGGAACGUGCUCAGUCUCUGGUUAACCAGUUCUGGGAGACUUAUGAGGAGCUUUGGCCGUGGUUAACUGAAAUAGAAAUGGUCAUUUUGCAGCUUCCUGCUCCGGCUCUUGAAUAUGAAACUUUAAAGCAACAGCAAGAAGAGCAUCGGCAACUGCGUGAGCUGAUUGCCGAGCACAAGCCUCAUAUAGAUAAGAUGAACAAAACCGGGCCUCAGUUAUUGGAACUAAGCCCAGGAGAAGGUUUUUCUAUCCAAGAGAAAUAUGUGGCAGCUGACACCCUUUACAGUAAAAUUAAAGAAGAUGUCAAAAAGCGAGCACUGGUUCUGGAUGAAGCUAUUUCUCAGUGUACUCAGUUUCAUGACAAGAUAGAUUCAAACCUUGAGAGCCUGAAACGCAUAGUUGAACGUCUGAGGCAACCUCCUGCCAUCUCAGCUGAGGUGGAGAAAAUUAAGGAACAGAUCAGUGAAAAUAAGAAUGUGUCAGUAGACCUGGAAAAACUACAGCCAGUGUAUGAGACACUCAAACAGCGUGGAGAGGAAAUGAUUGCUCGCUCAGAGGGAGCUGAUAAGGAUAUAUCUGCUAAAGCUGUUAAAGAUAAACUGGACCAAAUGGUCUUCAUCUGGGAGGACAUCCAGACCUUGACUGAGCAAAGGGAGGCCAAGUUGUUGGAUGUGAUGGAACUGGCUGAGAAGUUCUGGUGUGAUCACAUGUCCCUUGUAGCCACUAUUAAAGAUGCUCAAGAUUUCAUCCGAGAACUGGAGGGACCUGGGGUUGACCCUUCUGUAGUCAAACAGCAACAAGAAGCUGCAGAGGCUAUCAGAGAAGAAAUUGAUGGAUUGCAAGAAGAACUAGAUACAGUUGUAAUUCUUGGCUCUGAACUAAUUGCUGCUUGUGGAGAACCUGACAAACCCAUUGUCAAUAAGAGUAUAGAUGAGCUGAAUUCUGCAUGGGAUACUCUAAACAAAGCAUGGAAAGAACGGGUGGACAAACUUGAUGAAGCCAUGCAAGCAGCUGUUCAGUACCAAGAUGGGCUUCAGGCAAUAUUUGAUUGGGUGGAUAUUGCUAGUAGUAAAUUAGCUUCAAUGUCACCAGUUGGAACAGAUCUAGAGACAGUGAAGCAGCAAACUGAGGAACUGAAGCAAUUUAAGACAGAGGCCUAUCAACAGCAGAUAGAAAUGGAAAGACUAAACCAUCAAGCAGAACUGUUGCUGAAGAAGGUAACAGAGGAAAGUGACAAACACACUGUUCAAGACCCCCUCUCAGAGCUCAAACUGAUGUGGAACAGUCUAGAGGAGAAAAUUAUUAACAGACAGCACAAGCUGGAGGGGGCGUUGUUAGCUUUGGGGCAGUUCCAACAUGCUCUGGAUGAGUUAUUGACAUGGCUGACCCAUACAGAAGACCUGCUGAAUGAACAGAAACCUGUGGGAGGAGACCCCAAGGCUAUUGAAAUAGAACUUGCCAAACAUCAUGUACUACAAAAUGAUGUUUUAGCUCAUCAGUCUACAGUGGAAGCAGUUAAGAAAGCAGGAAACGACUUGAUUGAAUCAAGUGCUGUUGAAGAAGCAAGCAAUCUACAGAGCAAAUUGGAACUUCUGAAUCAGCGCUGGCAAAAUGUGUUGGAAAAAACAGAACAAAGGAAACAGCAGCUGGAGAGUGCCUUGAUCCAGGCCCAAGGUUUCCAUGGUGAAGUUGAAGAUUUGCAGCAAUGGCUGACAGACACUGAACGUCAACUCCUGGCAUCAAAACCUGUUGGAGGCUUACCAGAAACAGCAAGAGAGCAGCUCAAUAUCCAUAUGGAACUGUGUGCUGCCUUUGAAGCCAAAGAAGAGGCAUACAAGUGUCUGAUGCAGAAAGGCCAGCAGAUGCUUGCAAGAUGCCCAGAAUCCGCUGAGGCAAAUGACAUAAAUAACUUAAAAGAAAAAUGGGAAUCAGUACAAACAAAACUCAGUGAAAGAAAAACCAAACUGGAAGAAGCCCUCAGUUUGGCAAUGGAGUUCCACAACUCACUUCAAGACUUCAUCAACUGGCUUACCCUGGCUGAACAAACUUUGACUGCAGCUUCUCGGCCAAGCCUUAUCUUGGAUACUGUCUUGUUUCAAAUUGAUGAACACAAGGUGUUUGCCACAGAAGUAAAUUCUCACCGUGACCAGAUCAUAGAGCUAGACAAAACCGGAACCCAUCUGAAAUAUUUCAGCCAGAAACAAGAUGUUGUCCUUAUUAAGAAUCUGCUGAUUAGUGUACAGAGUAGAUGGGAAAAAGUAGUUCAGCGCUUGGUGGAAAGAGGAAGAGCUUUGGAUGAUGCAAGGAAACGAGCCAAACAGUUCCAUGAAGCCUGGCACAAACUUAUGGAGUGGUUGGAAGAAUCAGAAAAGUCAUUGGAUUCAGAACUUGAGAUUGCAAAUGAUCCAGACAAAAUUAAGAUGCAGCUUGCUCAGCAUAAGGAGUUCCAGAAAUCUCUUGGAGCCAAACAUUCUGUAUAUGACACCACAAAUAGGACGGGCCGCUCGUUGAAGGAGAAAACCACUUUGGCUGAUGACAAUUUAAAGCUGGAUGAUAUGCUAAGUGAGCUCAGGGAUAAAUGGGAUACUAUCUGUGGAAAAUCUGUGGAAAGACAAAACAAAUUGGAGGAAGCCCUGUUGUUUUCCGGACAAUUUACUGAUGCUCUGCAGGCUCUCAUUGAUUGGUUAUAUAAAAUUGAACCUCAGCUGGCAGAAGAUCAGCCAGUACAUGGAGACAUCGAUUUAGUGAUGAACUUGAUUGAUAAUCACAAAGUUUUCCAGAAGGAGCUGGGGAAAAGGACAAGCAGUGUCCAGGCUCUGAAACGUUCUGCUCGGGAACUCAUAGAAGGCAGUCACGAUGACUCUUCCUGGGUAAAGGUCCAAAUGCAGGAGCUAAGCACUCGCUGGGAGACUGUCUGUGCCCUGUCAGUAUCUAAGCAAACCCGACUGGAACAGGCCCUCCGCCAGGCUGAGGAAUUUCACUCUGUUGUGCAUGUUCUUUUGGAGUGGUUGGCUGAGGCUGAGCAGGCCCUUCGUUUCCAUGGCAUCCUCCCAGAUGACGAAGAGGCUCUGCGUACACUAAUAGAUCAGCACAGGGAAUUCAUGAAGAAACUGGAAGAAAAAAAAGCAGAACUUAAUAAAGCAACAGGUAUGGGAGAAGCCAUCCUCACUAUUUGCCAUCCGGAUUCCAUCACUACCAUUAAGCACUGGAUAACAAUCAUCAGAGCCAGAUUUGAAGAGGUAUUCGCGUGGGCUAAGCAACAUCAACAGAGAUUGGCAGUAGCCUUGGCUGGACUUAUUGCUAAUCAGGAAUUGUUGGAAGCCUUACUGUCCUGGUUGCAGUGGGCAGAAACUACUUUGAGUGAAAAGGAUAAAGAAGUCAUCCCCCAGGAGAUUGAGGAAGUGAAAGCACUCAUUGCUGAACAUCAGACAUUCAUGGAGGAAAUGACCAGAAAACAGCCUGAUGUGGAUAAAGUUACAAAGACUCACAAAAGGAAGGCAGUUGAGCUCACUGCAGUGCACUCUCAUAUUCCUGUACUGGAUAAAGGGAGAGCAGGAAGAAAACGUUCUCCAACACCAGGCCUAUAUCCAUCAGGAACACAGGCACAAAUUGAAACCAAGAAUCCAAGGGUAAACCUAUUGGUCAGCAAAUGGCAGCAAGUCUGGCUUCUCGCCUUGGAAAGAAGAAGAAAGCUUAAUGAUGCUUUGGACAGACUAGAAGAGCUAAGGGAAUUUGCAAACUUUGAUUUUGAUAUCUGGAGGAAGAAAUACAUGAGAUGGAUGAACCAUAAGAAAUCUCGUGUAAUGGACUUCUUUAGGAGGAUCGACAAAGAUCAGGAUGGAAAGAUAACAAGACAAGAAUUUAUUGAUGGAAUUCUUUCUUCAAAAUUCCCUACCAGUCGACUAGAAAUGAGUGCAGUAGCUGAUAUCUUUGACAGAGAUGGUGAUGGUUAUAUUGACUACUAUGAAUUUGUAGCAGCACUUCAUCCAAACAAAGAUGCAUAUAAGCCUCUUACAGAUGCAGACAAAAUUGAAGAUGAGGUUACAAGGCAGGUAGCUAAAUGUAAAUGUGCAAAGCGAUUCCAAGUGGAGCAGAUUGGGGAUAACAAAUACAGGUUCUUCCUGGGAAAUCAGCUGAAAGCUUCAUAUCAUUGGAAACUGUAUCACUACUGUUACAAAGAGAGUUCAGUAAAGUUUGGUGACUCUCAGCAACUGCGUCUUGUUCGUAUCCUACGAAGUACAGUUAUGGUUCGUGUUGGAGGUGGCUGGAUGGCACUUGAUGAGUUCUUAGUGAAAAAUGAUCCUUGCAGGGUUCAUCAUCACGGAAGUAAAAUGUUACGUUCGGAAUCAAAUUCUUCAAUUACCACUCAGCCUACUAUAGCUAAGGGAAGGACAAACGUGGAGCUGCGUGAAAAGUUCAUGAUGGCAGAUGGUGGCAGUCAGAGCAUAGCAGCUUUCCGACCAAGGGGUCGUAGAUCACGACCUUCUUCAAGAGGUGCCUCUCCCAAUAGAUCUACUUCUUUAUCAAGUCAAGUUGGCCAGGCAGCUGCACCACAGGCUGCUGCUACGAGUACACCCAAGACACCCCAUCAUUUAAUACGCAAUUAUGAUAAACCAUGGUUGACAAACAGCAAAACAUCAACUCCUCCUAAGCCAGCAGAGUCCUCAGACUAUCAAGGGCCAUCUGCCGAGGGAACACCAAUACAAGGGAGUAAACUUAGAUUGCCAGGAUAUCUAUCAGGAAAAGGGUUCCAAUCUGGAGAAGACAGCAGCCUGAUAUCAACAGCAGCUACCAGGGUUCGAGCACAGUUUGCAGAAACUAGAAGAACUCCAAGUAGACCUGGGAGCCGAGCAGGAAGCAAGGCUGGCAGCAGGUCAAGUAGCCGCCGAGGCAGUGAUGCAUCUGAUUUUGACAUUUCAGAAAUCCAGUCUGUGUGUUCAGAUAUGUCAGAGACUGUUCCCCCAACAAGCUGGCCAACCCCCCGACGGGGUUCUCGAUCAGCCUCAGCCAAGCCUUCCAAAAUUCCAACUCCCCAGAGGAGGCCACCAGCCAGUAAAUUGGACAAGUCCUUGAAGAGAUAAUGUGAUUGGCUCAGUAAAGGUCUUUUCCUUGUGUAUUAAAUAUUUAAGUUUGUAAGAUGUAAAAUAUUAUGUAGAAACUAUUGUGAAAUAUUGCAAGAGGUGGAUUUUUAAUUCUGCAGAUGGCCUUAUUUGUGUAUUUGUCUUGUUAUUUUAUGAGUAUAAUUUUUGUCAGAUUUUUUUUUUGUUUAUGCCAUAUCCUAUGUGAAAGGGGGAAAGAGUUUUAAUGUAAACUAACAGUUGUACUCAGAAAUGUGUAGAAAGUACACUAAAAGCAAUUACUGAAUGUACAGUGUACUGAAUGUACAGUUAAGUCUCUGCAACCUGAAUAAAAUAGGCCUAUCAGUAUGUUGUUAGCUAACAGGAAAGGAUACCUCAUGAUUUUUCUUUUAAAAAAAUAUAAAAAGCCAAAAGAUACAAUUACACAUUUUGAGCUAAUUAAACAAACACUAAAGGAUGUAUGGCAGAAAUACUAAGAAAUACAGAACACAUUCUCACACUGGUUAUUUAUACAGCAACUCUCAGAGAACUCACAGAAAGUUACUUAAGCACUUGCCAGUACUAUGAUACUCCAAUAUCUUGCAGCAUUUCUGUGCCAUUGCUUUCAAUGAGGCCAGACACAUUCUGGGUAUUUGAACUAUUAUACUGUAAGAAUAUCAAUAUGAAGUGCAUUCAUGUAAAUGUGAGGUUUUCUUUUGCUUGAGUGGAUGGUAGCACUGUAUCAUUGAACUCAUUUUGUAUCAAAGCAAUUUUGCUUGCAGAAAGCUCUGAAAUAAACAUGUCCCUUAACUUUA